GAAACGACUGACCGUCGCAGAAGCCAUUGGAACCCGAGCCCAACGAGACCACCUCGUUCGCGCUCCUCGAGAUUGGGGAGCUGGUCCUCCUACUGGACGAGGGCAUCUGGGCAAUCCUGGACUGCGGCGCUACUCGGGGCCUGAUCGGGGUCGCGACGGCGGAGACCCCGGCCAACGGCAUGAAAGAGAAGCACGACCUCAAACUCGACUUGGCGGAGCCGACGCGGCACUUCACCUUCGGCAACGGCAAGCGCAAGUGUUCGAUGGGACCAUGGCGGGCAACAUCUUUCGCGGCGACGGGCUGUAGAAGAUCGAGCUCUCUAUCAUGGACAGCGAGAAGCCGCUGCUGAUCGGGAUGGACAUUCUCGGACCUGACUACGCCAGCGCCCUGAUUGACUGCGGGAACGGCUACCUGAUGUUACCCGAGCUGUCUAGCAAUAUCUUCCAGUGCCCGAAGAUGCCGAGCGGACAGUUGACGAUCAACGUGGCGACUCCCGCGCGGCGGCAGCACGCCCCUCGCGGCAUCCCGAACAUCACCGAGCUGCACAGUGAGAAGGCCCUGGUGGAUGUCAGCGACCUGCCCGAGGCCAAGGUUGGGACCGAGCUGACGGGCUCGGGCGCGGCUAUCACGCCCUCGAGCUAGGGGCAGCGCCCCCUGGUAGGCUUGAGAAAAACAC